UAUAAGAAAUUCACAAGUGCACAUAUUACACAUUGCCCUUUUAUAUCACAUUGUGUGCUGUCACGAUUGAUUACUUCGUCGGUGUUUAGCUUCUGCUCAAACCCUAAUUCAGCUUUUUCUCCACAAUUUACCACCAUAUUUGAUCAUCAGAUGGCAGCUAAGCCCCUGACUAGUGAGGCAAUCGCUCUUACGGAGAAGAAAGUGGAUAUGUCAUUGGAUGAUAUCAUCAAAAUGUCGAAGACUCGUGGUAUGAAGCCGAACAAACAAAGAGUCUCUAAUAAGGGUCAGAAAUCAUUCAACAAUGCUUCCCAAGAUAAAGGUUUGAAAGUCAAAAGGUUUAUGGACACAAGAACUUCCCUCAGACAGGGUGCUCUUGCUAAAAGGAGGUCAAACUUUCAGGGAAAUCAGUUCCCUUUGGCAACUGAGGCUGCUAAAAAGGCUUCUGUUGCUCCUAUUCGAAACAAAGCUUCUAAUCGGUUUAGGCCAUUGAAUGCUAAUAAAUCAAGGGCUGGGGCCUUGACUUUCCAGAAGAACGCUGUAGCAAGAGUUGGCUUUGUUGUGAAGAAAACGCUACAACAACCUGCACAGCAAGCCUCUCUAGGCGCCAAACAGAAGCCUCAGACCUUGGACGCUCUAUUUGGUAACAUGAAAGAAGAAAGAAUGAGGGUCUUGUCACAAAAGAAUAACGGGUCACGAAGAAACGGAAGGAGCCAGCACGGGGUGCCGUGGGCGAGAGGAUAUAACCAAAACCAGUAGCUCCUCCGGCUUAGAUUGCUUUUGAGAACUGUAGUUAGCUUUGCAUGUUGUUGUCCCUGUCAAGCUAAACGCUUUACUCGUUGACUGGGAUAGUAUAUUCCGUAUAAUUUACUACAGCAGAGCAGUCUUCUCCAAAAAUAUCUAAACCAGCCAUUCUCAUAUUA